AUGGCGGAGGACGACGAGGCCAAGUGCUCCGCCGACGUGGCCGAGGGGUCCUACUUCAUGGCCGGCGUGCUGGCCAUCCUCGGCCUUAUGGCCGCCGUCCUCGUCCUCUCUGGCCUCUUCCAUUCCGUGCUUCGUCGCGUAGGCCAGCCAAGCAUCAUCUCGCACAUCCUGGCCGGCGUGGUGGUCGGUCCGACGGUGCUCGGUCGCAUGGUCGACCUCCGGCAGCUGGGCAUGAAGGACGCCGGCCGGGCGCUGGGCGACGCCAUCUACUACCUCCGCGUCGUCUUCAUGUUCUUCAUCGGGCUGGAGAUGGACCUGCGCUACCUCCGACGACACUUGCGUGCCUCCAUCAUCGUUGCCUUCGGCGGCUCCGCGCUCUGCCUCGUCCUGGCCACCAUCUCUGGCCCCUUCUUCUACGGCCUUCUCCACCCAGGGCAGCGCACCUUCCAGCCCGAAAGCCUUUACGCCUCCACCGCCCUCUUCAUGCUCGUCCUCACCAGCACCGCCUCGCCCGUCCUCAUCCGCAUCGUCACGGAGCUCAAGAUCACCGGCUCCGAGACCGGCCAGCUCGCCAUCGGCACCGCCUUCGCCAACGACAUCGCCAGCCUCGCCGCCAUUAGCAUGAUGGUGGUCAGUCCAACCACCUACGACAAGGACGGCAAGCCCUUGCCACCGCCCAACCGGCUAGUCGCGCUGCCGGUGGUGAAGGUGAUCAUGUUCCUGUGGAUGGCGUUCAACGUGUGGGUCUCCGUGCGCAUUAUGGUAUGGAUGACCAGGCUGGUCAACAAGACCAAGCAAGGGAAGCAGUACAUCAGCAAGUACGAGCUGUUCGCCAUGCUCGUGCUCAUCGUCGGCCUCUCGCAGCACGUCCAGCUAUUCGGCUACAGUGCCUCCAUGACCGCCUUCAUCAUCGGCAUCACCACGCCGCGGGAAGGCCCCACGGCGCGCACGCUUAUCGACCGCCUCGCCUACCCCGUGCACAGCAUCAUCAUGCCCCUCUGCUUCAGUACCAUCGGCGCGAGGCUCGACUUUGCCAAGAUCAACUGCUUCACCCCCACCCAGUUCCUCUUCGUCGUCACCUACACCACGCUGCUCAGCACGAUCGGGAGGGUGGUCGGCACGGUUGUAGCCGGGCGGAUGAUCGGCAUCCCGGCGAGGGAGACGCUCGUGCUCGGCUUCCUGCUCAAUGUCAAGGGCUACGCCGACAUCCUCGCCAUCAACCUGGGUGACUCGACCGGGAUCUGGAACGGCGCGGCGCAGGGCGUGCUUCUCCUGUCCUCCAUCAUCACCACCUUCAUGGCCGGCCCAGCGUCGGCCGCCAUCGUCCGCCAGCAGCGCAGCGCAUUCCAGUACCGCUCCCACUGCCUCCAGCACCUCAAGCUUGACCAGGAGCUCCGCGUUCUCGUCUGCGUCCACGGUGCCGGGAGCGUGCACUCCAUGCUCACCCUCGCCGAGCUUUCCAAGGGCGCCACGCCUGUUGCUAUAUACCUCCUCCACCUCAUCGAGCUAAUGAGCUCGCGCAAGUACGCCAUCACGCACUUCUACCACACCGGCGACGGAGCUGACGAAGAGGACGAUGACAGUGGCCGAUGGGGCUACGCGCCGGUAAUCGACCAGGUGGUGGCCGCCGUCAACGGCUUCACGAACGGCACCUUCAUCCCGGUCCGGCAGAUGACGGCCAUCUCCAGCCUCGAGACCAUGGACGCCGACGUAUGCAACGGCGCGGAGGACGCACGCGCGUCGCUCGUCGUCGUGCCAUUCCACAAGGAGCAGCGCUACGACGGGCGCAUGGUGUGCCGCCACGACAACCGCCGAGAGCUCAACCAGCGGAUCCUGCAGAGAGCGCCAUGCACCGUCGGGGUCCUCGUCGAGCGCCGUCUCGGUACCAUUGCGGAGAGGCAGUCUACGGCCGCCGAGGGCGGUCCCAGCAGGUCGGCAGAUGACCCCGCAGGCGAAACGCACAACGUGGUGGCCGUGUUUCUCGGCGGGCCGGACGACAGGGAGGCGGUGGCGUACGCGACUCGGCUGGCGGCUCACCCAUCGGUGACCGUGAUGGUGACGAGGUUCCUUCCAGCGGGAGCGAGCGUGCACAGCAGCACGGAGGAAGAGGAGGCCAUGGCGGACGAGGAGUUCAUGGCGGACUUCUACGCGAGGUUCGUGGCACCGGGGCAUGUGUCUUACACGGAGAGGUACGUGAGCAACGGGCCGGAGUUGGUGGAGUCUCUGUGCUCCAUGGCCGGGAUGUACUCGCUGUUCGUCGUGGGCAAGGGUGCUGACGGUGGCAGCGCGGCCGUCACCCAGAUGACGAGCGGCAUGGGAGGCUUGUACGAGGAGUGCCCGGAGCUAGGACACGUGGGGGACCUCCUGUCCUCGGACGACUUGUCCGGCUGCUGCGCCUCGGUGCUAGUGCUUCGGCAGCACAACGUGCGCCAGAGGAUGAAACAAGAUCCCAAUGGUGUCGACGAUGGCCUCAGAUGA